AUGCACUCACAAGCCCCACGCCGCUUCAAGUUCACCCUUAACGAUGAUCAAGAGUUCAACUACGAAAUCAUCGUUGAUGUGAUGCACCUAGGAACACCACAACGCCCUGUUCUACACGUUGUGGACUCAGCUACUGCUUUCCAAGGAGCCAGAUUUUUACCGUCAAUGUCAGCUAAAGAUACAUGGGAGACCCUCCGGACCCUCUGGAUCGACACGUAUCUUGGACCUCCUGAUACCCUCCGUCAUGAUGCAGGAACUAACUUUGCUUCUCUCGAAUUCCGGAACGAAGCAAAGAUUAUGGGAAUCAAAUGCUCUCAAGUACCUGUUGAGACGCAUUGGUCCAUUGGAAAGAUUGAACGCUAUCACGCACCCUCCGACGCGCCUUUAACAUCCUCCAUGCUGAGAUUGGCCACACCACUUCCGCCGAAACAGUCCUUCAAAUGGCUGUUAAAGCAAUCAAUGAUACGGCAGGACCUGACGGUCUUGUGCCUACGUUGCUUGUUUUCGGCGCAUACCCUCGCGUAUCUACAGACUCGCCCCUUCCGCUUCUACCCUCAAAAGAUCGGAAGCUAUGCAGAAAGCGAUGAAAAUGCUCCGCCAACUCUCGGCAGAAAGACGAGUUAA